UUGGCGUAUUAGAGGGGUACAAAAUGGGAAAUUUUAUUCAAUGGUACACAAAAAAAAGCGAACGAAACUGGAAAUCUCUAUUCGGAACCUAUACCAUACUUGUGAUGUGAUGUGAUAUCUGUGGUAUUCUGCGUAUAUCGUGCGAGCGCAAUGAAAGAGAUGUCGGGGAAGCUAGAAAGCCAAGAAUCCCGGAAUUAGGGAAUGGCAUAACGUAACUGAGGGACUCCCUUCACCCGCGAUAGGCAGCCCAAAAACUCUUUUUCCCUCGCCCUAAACCAAAAUAUUAACUUGGGUUAGGGAAAGAAGUGGGAGUUAACCCUCAAUACGGUAUAAUAGUAAGAGCCCACCGGUGAGGCUUGUCGGAAAAACUCAGCACUAGACCUCGUCUUACCACCCCCUUCCCCCACCACCAACCAUCGGGCAUUAUGGAAAAAAGUCGACCAGUCCAUUCGCCGCAAGGAGGGAUUUGGACCCUGCUUUAUUGGCAUGAUAUCAUACCAUUCUCCCCUCUCCCCUUCAUUCCACCCCUCCCACCAUGAAAAAGGGCCCAAUUCCUUCACCACUCCGUCACUUUCUCAAUACGGUACGCAUUUUCUAGCGCGCAUCACAGGAGCAUACCGCGCACCCCGCCCCUUCCUCCCAUUGCAGAAGGGGAGAAGAGAGAUACCGGUAUUUCCUUUCCUCAGGGUCUCCUUUCGCCCAUUGGUCCGCCCCCGCAUUUUCCUUUCCAUUCAUUGCCGACUUUUAUUUAUUUAUUUCUUCUUUCACGCUUCCCCCCACUUUCCCCCCUCCCCCCGGAUAUUAGAAUGCCUCCCGUUGCAACUACUAGCCGUGGGUUGUUGUUGCUUCGUUCCCGAGCGAUUGCUUCUUCAACUGCUGCCACCACUGCUACCCGGCAUCCGUUGCUACAGUGUACUGCCAGAGUUGGGACGAAGAAGAGCAAAACCGGUCCUGGUAUAAGGUUUGAAAGCUCGCGCACGUUUAGUGUCAGUAUGGAAAGGCAGGAUUGUAUGUUCCACCCCCCUACUUGAGGAUAUUGGAAGGUUUGGUGGGCUUGCUGUUUAUUGAGCGGGAAAUAGUCCAGAAGAUCAAGGUCAAGAAUCCGAUUGUGGAAUUGGACGGGGAUGAGAUGACGAGGGUGAUUUGGGAUUGGAUCAAGACCAAGGUGAGUUUUUGAAAUCGAUUGUGCUGGGUGGAAGUUUGGAGUGGUAGUGGCUGACUUUGGGAGCAGUUUAUUCAUCCGUAUGGGAAUUCCUUUGGGUGUUUGGUGGGGGAGGGGCUGUGCGCUGAUGGUAAUAAUCUAGCUAUCUUGAUAUCGACCUCAAGUACUACGACCUAGUACGUGUUGUCCCACAUUCUGGGGAUUAUCUAGGGGUUAGCUGAUGGUGGGUUCCGUGACUGCGUAGGGAAUUCUGUACCGGGAUAAAACAGAAGACAAAGUCACAGUCGAAGCAGCAGAGGCGAUCUUGAAGUACUCUGUGGGUGUCAAGUGCGCAACGAUCACUCCAGAUGAGGCGCGUGUCAAGGAAUUCAGUCUCAAGAAGGUGAGGUGACUUCUCUCCGGGGUUUACAACAGUUAUUAACGAUUCCCAGAUGUGGCUGAGUCCCAACGGAAGUUCGUACACCAACAACCUUCCGAGGCCUGCCGGAUUACUGACAGUGCUCAUUAGCAAUCCGUAAUAUCCUCGGCGGAACCGUCUUCAGAGAACCGAUUGUGAUCCCUAGAAUCCCCCGCUUGGUGGCCGGCUGGAAAGAGCCUAUCAUCAUUGGCCGUCACGCCCAUGGCGAUCAGUACAAAGCCCGGGACUUUGUCGCUCCUGGCCCAGGCAAAUUGGAGCUGGUCUACACUCCCGAGAACGGCGAGCCGGAGCGCAUCAAGGUCUUCGACUACAAGGCCGGUGGUGUCGCACUGGCAAUGUACAACACCGACGACUCAAUCAGUGGAUUCGCUCACGCCAGUUUUAAGCUCGCACUUCAGAAGAAGUUGCCGUUGUACCUGAGCACCAAGAACACAAUCCUCAAGAAGUAUGAUGGGAGGUUCAAGGAUAUUUUCCAGGAGAUCUACGAGUCGACCUAUAAAGCUGAGUUUGAAGCCAAGGGAAUUUGGUACGAGCAUAGGCUGAUUGGUGGGUAACCCUUCAAACCCGUUGAGACUGGGGGGGAGGGUGCUAAUUUUAUUGUGGGUGAUAGACGAUAUGGUUGCCCAAAUGGUCAAAUCUAAGGCGGGUGGUCUUUGGUGAUCCUACAGCGCUAGAGGAAAGAUGUGCUGAUUAGAAUUAUAGGGCGGCUUCAUCAUGGCUCUGAAGAAUUACGACGGAGAUGUCCAGUCCGAUAUUGUUGCGCAAGGUUUCGGGUCACUAGGACUGAUGACCUCCGUCUUGAUCACCCCCGACGGUAAAACUUUCGAGUCCGAAGCAGGUAAUAACCCCCCGUCCCCAACACACACACACACAUGUUCACCCACUUACACCGCACCGACCGCAAUAGCCCACGGAACCGUAACGAGGCACUACCGCGAGUAUCAAAAAGGUAAAGAAACCUCCACCAACCCGAUCGCUAGCAUCUUUGCUUGGACCCGCGGUCUGAUCCAGCGCGGUACGCUGGAUAACACCCCGGAUGUGGUCGCCUUCGCCGAGUCCCUGGAGUCCGCCAUCACGGACACUGUCCAGGUCGACGGCAUUAUGACCAAGGACCUCGCACUCGCGUGCGGAAAGGAGGAUAGGGACUCCUGGGUCACAACAAGUGAAUUCCUAGAGGGCAUAGAGAAGAGGUUUAAAGCCUCGCUCAAGGCCAAGUCCCUUCUAUAGAGCUGGCGUAAAGCUGCAUUAGAGCGGAAGGGUGUGGAAGGGUGUUGGGUAUCUGUGCUGUACUUUACUGUAGAUUUGCGGGAAAUAAAUGCGUUAUUGAUACCAUGUAUCACCCCUUC